GAAUCCGUGUGUGGCCAUGUCAGCAGGGCAUCUUCAGGCAUGCCAUAGAAGAAACCAAACCAACUCAAAAUCAACGACGGUCUAACCAAUAUUCAAUUAACGCUCCAUUCAAUUCCAUCCGAUUCACCUAACUAAUCCCUAACGCAUUUCCAUUUUUAAGCGGACAAUCUUAGCCCCCAAAAGAACCAUAAAGAAGCUGAAUCAUUCAUUUCCGGCUAAAUCGAAAGCCUCGGAAUGGGUUUGUUAGAUCUGGAGAAACAGUUCUCGUUCUACGGUGCCUACCACAGCAACCCGGUGAACGUGGCCAUCCACAUCCUCUUCGUCUGGCCCAUCGUCUUCACGGCCCUUAUCAUCCUCCACUUCACCCCUCCCCUCCUCUCGAUUGGGCCGGCCCACCCCGUUCUCCUCCUCAACUUGGGCUUCUUCUCCACCCUCUUCUACGCCCUCUUCUACAUCGCUUUGGAUAAGAAAGCCGGUUCACUCGCUGCGUUCCUCACUUUCUUCUGCUGGGUCGCCGCUAGUUUCGUCGCCAAUAGCCUCGGCUUCUCGCUUGCGUGGAAGGUUGUGUUGGCUGCUCAAUUGUUUUGUUGGACUGGACAGUUUAUUGGUCAUGGCGUGUUUGAGAAACGUGCACCAGCUCUCUUGGACAACCUUGUUCAAGCUUUUCUGAUGGCUCCAUUCUUCGUGUUGCUUGAGGUCCUCCAAUCAUGUGUUGGAUAUGAACCCUAUCCGGGAUUCAAGGAAAAGGUGCAGGCAAUGAUAAAUAAUAAUAUCAAAGAAUGGAAGGAAAAGAAACGUUCUUAGCUUAAACAAGUUACAAAUGUGCUGUGUUGAAGAUCACUCCCCUGAAAGCAAAGCAAAAGGAUUUGUAUUAUAUAGAAACUAUAAAACUAUUGGUUACCGCCAGACGUUUGAUAUCAAUCUCAUUCAAGUGUUAAAGGAAAUAUUGCUUUAAGUUCAUGAACCCUUUUUAACUCCGUACGCCCUCUUGGUGAUUUGGGACAAUCUGUGAUAUGUUUUCUUUUCAAAAAUUACUCCCUCCGUUUAUAAGAUGAGACUUGAUCUUCAAGUUUAUGCACAAAUUACGGAAUGUUCAACCAAUUGAGAAGUUAACACCUUCA